AUGAUUGAAAGCAUCGAUUGUAUGCACUGGCAGUGGAAGAACUGUCCUACUGCUUGGCAAGGGGAGUACGGGAAUCGGAAGGGCCAAAAAAGUAUAAUUUUGGAGGCCGUAGCUUCAUUCGAUUGUUGGGUUUGGCAUGCCUUCUUCGGGGUUGCCGGUUCUCAGAAUGACCUCAAUGUCCUUGGUCAAUCCCCAGUGCUCGAUGAGGUAUUGCGAGGUCAUUCCCCCCAGGUCACGUACCAAAUCAACAAUACCGUUUACUCUGGUGCGUACUACCUUUCCGACGGAAUUUAUCCUAGGUGGACGACAUUCGUGAAAACAAUUCCGAAUCCCCAAUCCGAGAAGGAAAGAAACUUUGCUUCCUUUCAAGAAGGUUACAGGAAAGACGUGGAGAGGUGUUUCGGUAUCUUGCAAGCUCGUUGGGCAAUUAUUAGAGGUGCUGCUCGGAUGCUAGAUGAGGAGGUGCUGCGGAGUAUUAUGAUGACUUGCAUCAUCCUUCACAACAUGAUUGUGGAGGAUGAGUAUGACUAUGAUGCUCAAGAGGUGGUUGAACCCGAUCCAAUGAACACAUCGUUGACAAGAAUAUAUGAAAGGCCGAUUGGACCAAAUGGACUACCACUGGAGCCCGAACCCAUACUUCGGGAUGGUCAAUUCAACAACCCCAUGAUUGAUCAGUAUCAAGAAAUGCAAUCUUCAUAUGUUCACGAGAUACGUCAACGUGACUUGAUCGAGCACUUGUGGGAGAUGAAAUGCAAUCACAAUGGAUGA